UCCCCAAUGACGACUCGGCUAGGUAGGUGCUCGACCCGGACGCAGUUGGGAGAAAACAAGCGGCAGGCAGCCCGCCGUUCCCGCGUAACGUGGGCUUUUUCCCCGUCGAGUUUCGGCGAUCGUGUGAGAGAGAUCGCGCGGCGCGAACGUGGGGCUAGCGAGCCGCGAACGUGGCGUGGUGCUCCGGUCAUGGGGCGAAGGUGAAGGUGCGCGGUGAUCGCCCGAGGUGAGACUUUGAACGACGGUGACGCGCGAGGCUCGGGCGCAGCGGAUAUAAUAGCGCGAAAAAAAAACUGACGUUCGAUAAUACACGGCGCGCGUUAAGUUCGUUGAACCCUUUCGUGAGAUCUGCGUGGGUGCUGCUGCGGUUGAUGCGACUCGGUCGAGAGUGUACUUGAGAGAGUGUGUGCCGAAACCGCGCACGGCCGCCGCUGCGGAGGGUGAUGAUGCGCGUCGACUGAUUACGCGCCGGAUUCUGGCCGGAUUCCACGCGUAUCGAAUCAGCGCCGAGUCUUCAUGCGAGAGAUAUAUGUAUUAAUAUUAUUAUUAUACCGUGAUAUUCGAUAAGAGGAACUGUUGUUCUAUGCCUCCCUUAUUUUCUAGAAGACCAUCCUCGCUUAUUUCUGUCCAUUCGCGCGUAUGUUCGUUCUGCGUGUGUCGUGUUAUUUUCGGUGCAGCUGGCGCCGAGAAAGAUUACGACAGAUGCAUGUUUGAAGAGAAAGAGAGAGAGAGAGCACAUCUGUCUUUCGCGUAGUGCACUGUGUUUGGGAGUUUUUAAAUCGCCGAUUGCAUGUGGGUCACGAGUUGCAUUCGUUCCAGCUAAUGAGAUAGAAGGUUCGCCGAGCUAAGAGGAAGAAAAUGUGGAGCUCGGUUACUGCGGCCGGCACUGAAAAUGGACCAGCACCACCUUCGAGGAGCAAGCACAGUGCCACCUUACUUGCCGGUCACGUAUAUCUUCUCGGUGGUCGAAAUGGAAACCUACCUCUCAAAGAUCUCUGGCGAUACAGCCUUGAUUUUCUUUGUUUCUUUUUCAGCGGAGAGCAAGUGGGAGGAACUGCAUCCGGGCGGCGAAAGACCGCCGGCCCUUCAGGAACACAGCGCGGUGGCGUAUAAGGAUUGCCUCUACGUUUUCGGCGGCGAGCUCGGCUUCUCUGCCGGAACGGAGACGCCACUCUGGGUUUACAACGUCAAGACAAAUAUAUGGAGAAAGGUGAGAGCUCAACGGGGUUGCGUGAUUCCUAGGGGCCGGAGAGGUCACACCGCCCUGGUUCAUCGCGGACAAAUGCUCAUAUACGGCGGUUAUCAAGAUUUACGUGGGAGCUCCUCUGAACUGUGGGCCUUCCAUUUCGAGACUGAAUCUUGGCAUCUGCUUUCGUCGAGCGAGUGCGGGCCGGCCGCGAGGCACAAGCAUUCAGCGGUUUUGCACGGCGAUGCGAUGUACAUUUACGGCGGGAUGACGGAUCUACAAGAGAGGAACGAUUGCUGGCGAUGGGACGUCAACAGUGCUUCGUGGUCCAUGCUGAAGAGCAAACCAGGCCCCGGGCCUCUUCAUGGCCACGCGGCAUGCAGAUUGCCAAGCUGCAUGCUGAUCUUUGGCGGUGAGAGCGGCGGUUUGGCGACAAACGAGCUAUGGAGAUUUCAUUUCGGCACAGAAACCUGGGAGAAGCUAACAGUGUCAGGGCCGAAACCACAGCCGAGAGCUGAAAGCGUCGCUCUCGCGGUGUCUGAAUUGCUGAUUCGCGGAACGGGCAUAGACAACUCGAAACCGCGGCUGAGAAACCAGAGGCCUAGGCUGUCGAGCAAUAGAAUAUCGCCAAACGAGGCACCCUCCGCCAGACCCAGCUUUCUCAGGGAAAUUUCGAAGUUAUCGCAAAUAAACCUGUCGAGGCUCAGUCACCCGACGAAGUGCAGUUAUUCAGUUCUCAGCGGACACGACGAUAAUGAAGAAAGUCCCCAGGAGCAAGUGGACGUCGAAGUGAUCGAGCCCUCCACGGGAAUGGUGAAAUCUCGCAGUGCCAAUACGCUCGCCCGCCGAAGGCAGAAAGCGUCGGAGGGAAUGGCGAGGACGAUUGAUGUUAGCAAUACUAGCAAUACUUCUGGUAUGACCAGAGAUCCUAUUUCGGUGCCAAACUUUCGUGCUUUGACGUUACCAACUCCUGUUCUCACGCCUGUAGAGGCCGCCCGAUUGGUCUUCGUUGACCCAGAUGAGAAUAGCGACACCGAAGAGCGCAAGGAGCCGCCCACGUCGAGACUGAUCGAAGUUCAAGAGGAAAGACGAGAUUUCGCAGCGGUGCACCAGGCUUGCCAGCCGACUCGCGGCGAGAGUUACAGUUCGCACCUUUACGAAGCCGCUCUGCAAACGCCGAAAACUCCGACGGCGACGAAGAUCCCUACGUCCGCCUCCGUUCGAUUCGCCGAUCUCGAGGAGGGCGAGGAAUCGACGUCGGAUUACGCGAGUAUCGAGGCGAGAAGUCCGGGCGAUCCGCUCGCGGACGACGACUGGGUGUCCGGAAGAAGAUCGAAGCCGCACAGGCCGAUUGUCACUUCGUCGACGAUACGAGAGGGCCAAUUCGGUUUCUGCAAUCCGAACUACCUUGGUCUGGACGAAACAAAAACUGGCCAUCACCAUCAUCAUCAUCACCAUAAUCAUCAACAGCAGCAACAGCAGCAGCAGCAGCAGCAGCAGCAACAAGACGGAAAGUAUGCCAAGUUACUCAACAGUCCGCCCGAUAGCGUAUUGGAGGACGAACCUGGAAGGUCGGCUUCGCAGACGUUCGCGGAGCUCUUAGAGCUACAGGAGAUCAGGAGGGUGCCUCGAGCGCCACCGAAGAGCUUGCCGUUGGGCUCGCCGUCAAGAAGAGCGGUGAGCGCGUCGAGGGCCGAGAGGCAGAGGGCAAAGGUGGCGGCGGUGGAUGCGACCGACGCUAAAACACCUUCCUACGGACCGGCGCCCUUGUACGUUUUUUUGGUCGGCGGCAAAGAAAAGGGUCAAGUCACGGUGUUCGCCAGGCCGGUCUCUCUUUGGAAGCUACAGCUGGCGCCGCAUAUUUUCUAAGGAUGAUUGAUGGUCCACUUUAGCUGAGUCAUCCGCGCACUGUUAGUGAUAAGAAGAAGCACGAGAGGACUGAUGAUUAAAGGGAAGCGUUCGUGCAGUCCAAUUUUUCCAAGUUGCUAUGGUGUUUUACAAAUAUUCCUUGUCGCUUUGAAGAGAUUGACUCUUUCGACGUUUAUCCUCAUUUAUUUGAUUAUUAACAUCAAAGUUUAACAUCGUUAAUUUUUAUAUAUGCGUUCUUCGUUACAGACCUGAAUAUAUGCCUUUUGUAUAGAAUUGGUUGUAAUUGUUGACUUCUUUCGUUCGUUAAAGUUUGUUAGUUGCUACCAUUUGCGUCAUAUCUUCUACGUUAGAUUAGCAACGUCGAAACGGAAAUCGGAAGAAAAAUAUCAUACAUGCCAAAGCAUAGCCAUUGUUUCUGGCAAAUGCCAUGUGUAUCAAUGCGCAAUAUAUGUAUUUAGAGAAGUACAUUUUAAAAUUUAUUAAAUUUUAUCGUGCAGAAAGUAAUCUAUAAUGACGCGUAAUUGCUGGUUAGAUGAAAAAUAUAGAGAUCUUCACUUUGAUUUAAUGUGCCGAUAGAUAGAUAAAUAAGUAGAUAAUAAUAAAUACCUAUAAAAUCAUUAAAUUUAUAGGAAAUUAUUUCGUGGUAUUGUUCCUUUUACGUAU